AUGAAUGUUACAAAUCAGAGAAAUUCCAGGGUGAGUCGCAAGUCCCACACCACCGCCCAAAGGCCCUUCAGUUGCCACGCGUUCGGCCAAAAGGGCCACCUGUUGAUUCACAAGAAUGUCCACGCGGAGGAGAGGCCCUUCGGAUGCGACACCUGCGGCAGGCGCUUCACUCAGAAGGGCAACCUCCUUCGGCACUCGCUCUUGCACACCAACGAAAAGCCCUUCGGAUGCGGCAUCUGCAGGAAGUUCUUCGUGCAAAAGGCUCAUUUGGUGAAGCACGUCGUGGUGCACAGGCAGAGGCUGGCUGCCCUUAACCCAAUUCAGCGUUUUACGUUUUAUCUGGACUUGUUUUAUGCUUUAAGAGACACUAAACGUUUACUUAAUCCUGCUUAUGAUGCUAAAAGAGGAAAUUAUAUUAUGCAAAGUCGCUGCGAUAGAGAAAGAUCCAUGACAAAAGACACAGAAAGUAGAAAUAUGAUCCCUACUUCACAAACCACAAAGGCCUUCAGGUGCCACGUGUGCGGCAAAGUGUUCGGCCAAAAGGGCCAUCUGCUGAUUCACAAGAAUGUCCACGCGGAGGUGAGGCCCUUCGGAUGCGACACCUGCGGCAGGCGCUUCACUCAGAAGGGCAACCUCCUUCGGCACUCGCUCUUGCACACCAACGAAAAGCCCUUCGGAUGCGGCAUCUGCAGGAAGUUCUUCGUGCAAAAGGCUCAUUUGGUGAAGCACGUCGUGGUGCACAGGCAGAGGCUGGCUACCCUCAAAAGUUGUCGGCGGAGGGAGGCGUCCGAGCGAGGGUCUUCCGCUGAGGCCAAGGAGACCUCCCUCAGGUGCAAGGUCUGCGGAUUGGAGUUCAAGCGGGUCGUCAAGCUGAUGGAACACCUGAAGGUCCAGCAUAUUCUCGGAAGGAAAGGGAAAUAG